AUGGCUAUGAUAGAUGCCAUGAGCUUUCUGCCUAUACUUGAAUCAAGUGCUGUUAUAUGGGGAAAGCAAUUGACAAGUUCAAAUGCCUGCCAAAGAUUAUUCGAUGUCUGCCAUCUAGUUCUACUGAAACUUGCCCAAUCAGGAUUGUUGAGUUCUGUGUUUGAUCCAUUGGGUAUCAAUCCAGUUGAAUUAUCGGGUCUAAAUGCUGCUUGGGAAAGUGUCCUUGGCUUGUUUUCACAAACAUUUGAGAGUGCCUCAAGUACAAGAAAGGAGAAAUCUUCAACAGCCAGAGGAGUAGCAGCUGCUAUUGAGGAUACAAGCAUUGAUUUUGGGGACUUCUUCAAAGGCCCACUGCCUGGAAAGUUUCUCAAGCUUUUGGGCUAUUUGGCCCUGUCCCGACUUGGAAUAUAUGUACCUCUGGGUGGAGUAAAUCGGGAUGCUUUUGUUGGCAAUUUAGAUCAGAACAGCUUAUUAGGCACUUUGGAUUCUUUUUCUGGAGGAGGCAUUGGUCGGCUUGGGAUAGGCUCCCUAGGAAUUGUUCCAUUCAUCAAUGCACAGAUUGUGUUUCAACUUCUUGCACAAAUCUACCCAAAGUUGCAAGAACUUCAGAAAAGAGAAGGCGAGGCUGGGAGAAAGAAGGUUCUUCAGUAUACUCGCUAUGCAUCGGUUGGAUUUGCUAUAGUACAGGCAAUUGGCCAAGUUCUGUUCCUUCGCCCCUAUGUCGAUGACUUCAGCACCCAGUGGGUUUUAUCUUCCAUUGCUUUGUUAACACUUGGUUCAGUGCUUACAACAUAUAUUGGGGAACGGAUCUCUGAUCUAAAACUUGGAAAUGGAACAUCUCUCUUGAUCUUUACAAACAUUAUCUCGUACUUGCCAGCAUCUUUUGGUAGAACAGUUGCAGAGGCAUUUCAGGAUGGCAAUUAUGUUGGACUUAUGGCCAUCGUUAUCUCCUUUUUCUUGUUAGUCCUUAGCAUUGUAUAUGUUCAGGAAGCAGAGAGGAAAAUCCCAAUUAAUUAUGCUUCAAGGUACACUCGGACAAGUGGAGGGCUUCAAAAGUCUGCUUACUUACCCUUCAAGGUUGGUACCUUGGGUUUAAUGUUCUAG